AUGCGCAAGGCGUCCGACGCCGCGCUCGAGGCGCCUCCGAUCCCCGCGCCGCAUCAUCCGACCUACAGCAUCGAGGACGCGAUAAAGCUCGCGCUCGAGGAGGACGUCGCGGACGUGGGCGACAUCUCGUCGCUGAGCACGAUCCCCGUCGAGACCGUGUCCACGGCGACGCUCCUCGCGAAAGCGGACGGCGUCCUCGCGGGGCAGCACCUCGCGGUGAUGAUCCUGCGCGCGGUCGAUCCCGACGUCGAGGUGAGAUUCGCGAAAGUCGACGGCGACACGAUCGAGCGCGGGGAGAUCUUCUGCGAGAUGCGAGGCAAGGCGCACAGCAUCCUGCGCGCGGAGAGAGUCGUCCUGAACUUCAUGCAGCGGAUGUCCGGGAUCGCCACGCUCACGAAGAAGAUGGCGGACGCCGCCGCGCCCGCGUUCAUGCUCGAGACGAGGAAGACCGUCCCCGGACUGCGUCUGCCCGACAAGUGGGCGGUGCUCAUCGGCGGCGGGAAGAACCACCGCAUGGGCCUCUUCGACAUGAUCAUGAUCAAAGACAACCACAUCGCCGCGAGCGGGGGGAUCAAAUCCGCGGUCGCGAACGCGCAGGCGUACUUGGCGAAGACGAAAUCCCCCGCGAAGAUCGAAGUGGAGACGAGGACGCUCGAGGAGGUGGACCAGAUCCUGUCGCUGAUCGACGACGAGACGUUCGACACGUCCGCGGUGUCUCGGGUGAUGCUCGAUAACAUGUCCCUCGAGGAUAUGACGACCGCGGUGAAGAAGAUCGCGGGAAAGGUGGAGACCGAAGCGAGCGGGAACGUGACGUUGGACACCGUGCACGCGAUCGGACAGACGGGGGUGACGUUCAUCUCGUCCGGCGCGUUGACGCACUCGGUGAUGGCGCUCGACAUCUCGCUGAACAUCUCCACGGAAUGA